AUGGUUAUUGUGGGUUGGGAGAAGGGACUGGUUGUGGGAUUUGAGGGAAGGAAGCGGAUGGUCUGUGGGGGGGGUGGGGGGUGGGGGAAAUAUUUUGAGGAGAAGGACGGUUGUGGGACUCGAGGAGACUGGAAGGCUAUCUGGGAAUAUGGGGGGGGCUGGUUGUGGGAAAUGAGGAGAAGGGAUGGCUUGCUGGGCUUGAGGUGA